GGGGGUCAAGGUUCUUGGUGCUGUUAUCACACGUGAUGCAGUGCUCUGGAUCAGGGGCUGUCGAUGGCUCAAGACCGACCAUACGUGGCGAAGAGUCACACCCUGCGAGAGGUGCCCCUGCUUUUUACUGAAUAUGGCGGAUCUAGAGAGAACAACUCGAUAAAAUCCGUAAGUCCAGGUGUUAAUCGGACCGUGCCUGCGGACUGAAUGGCACUACGUUAGUGUGUCUUUUUACGGUGUACUCCAGUCACGUGGCGCCGUCUGGUUUUAUUUAGUCUUUCCGGGGUACCGGGGCUCUGCCUCGGAUGACCUCUCUCUUCCCCCUUACUCGUGGGAUUCUA